AUGACACUAACAAGUGACUAUGGAGAGUCAAACCCAAAGGUAGCAGAUCAGAGAAACAUCUUCCAACAAUUUGAUUCAAACAGAGACGGUGGUCUCAACAGGGCUCACCACCACCGCCGCUGCUCAUCAUCACCGUCGCCAUUGAUUGACACCCACUCUCUCUCGGCUCCCACCCUCCCAACAUCAGAGAUGAACAUGAUUAAGGUUUCUAAUAUAAUGGGCAUUGACCCAAAGCCAUUUGAUCCCAAGACAUAUGUAGAAGAAGACAUCUUUGUGGCCAAUGAAUCUGGAUCUAAGAAACGUAUUCGUCUGGACAACAACAUUGUCCGUUGGAGGAUUGUACGAAAUCCAGAUGGCACAGAAUCUUAUGAAAGCAAUGCACGCUUUGUGAGAUGGUCAGAUGGCAGCUUACAGUUAUUGAUUGGGAAUGAAGUUCUCGACUUAUCUGUGCAAGAUGCGCAACAUGAUCAAGUACACUUAUUUCUGAGGCACGGAAAGGUGACCAUAUAUGCCUUUGCCAUGUCUAAUUCAGAAUUAUAUUUGUGUAUAUAUUCUUUAAAGCAAUUGUGAACAGUUGAGGUUUGU